AUGUCUUCAAAUUCGGGCAAAUAUAUUCGCUAUGUGCUGUUUGCAGUUUUCGGACUGGCAAUUCUAGCUUUCAUCACAAAAUCAUCCUUACCCUUGCCCUCAGACUACGCAUUUAGUCUCCUCCCUGAGACGCAACAAAGCGAGACCAACGAUAAACCAAAUAAUGAAGCCGCCGCGAUUGAUCCUACAUCUCAAACACCCGCCAACACCGGUCCUCCACCGCUAACCCCGUCCGGCGACCGGAUCAACGCUACAUUCGUGACGCUGGCACGCAACAACGAUCUAUGGGAAAUUGCAAAAUCGAUUCGCGAAGUCGAAGACCGCUUUAAUCGCAACUACCACUACGACUGGGUGUUUCUGAAUGACAAACCAUUCGACGAGGAAUUCAAAAAACUUACCAGUGUCUUGGCAUCUGGAAAGACUCAUUACGGUCUGAUCCCCAAGGAACACUGGUCAUACCCGGAAUGGAUAGACCAGGACAAAGCCCGCGCAGUCCGCGAAGACAUGAAAGAGCGCAAGAUCAUCUACGGUGAUUCAGAGAGUUAUCGACACAUGUGCCGUUACGAAUCGGGUUUCUUUUUCCGGCAUGAACUCAUGCUCAAUUACGAAUACUACUGGCGUGUUGAACCCAGUAUUCAGCUCUUUUGCGAUAUCUCGUUUGACCCGUUUCGGUAUAUGAUGGAGAAUAAGAAAAAGUAUAGCUUUGUGCUGAGUUUGUAUGAGUAUUACGAGACUAUCCCGACGCUGUGGGAUAGUACGAAGAAAUUCAUGGCAGCGAAUCCUCAGCAUAUUGCGGAGGAUAAUUCGAUGGGGUUUUUGAGUGAUGAUGGUGGAGAGACUUAUAAUAAGUGUCAUUUCUGGUCCAAUUUCGAAAUUGGUAGCUUGGAAUGGCUGCGAUCAGACGCAUACAUUGACUUUUUCACCUCUCUCGACCACGAUGGUGGCUUCUUCUACGAGCGAUGGGGAGAUGCACCAGUGCAUUCCAUCGCAGCCGGCCUUUUACUGAACAAGGAAGAAAUCCACUUUUUCAACGAAAUCGCAUAUUACCACGUUCCUUUUACUCACUGUCCCACCGGUGAACAAACCCGUCUGGACUUGAAAUGCCACUGCAAUCCUGCUGAUAACUUUGACUGGAAGGGCUAUUCUUGCACAUCACGCUACUUCCACAUAAACGACAUCCCCAAACCAGAAGGCUACGAAAAGGAGACCAACUGA